AUGCAACCCACUACUACCCAAGCUACCAAGAAAGACACUUCUGAAGAAAAAAAGGACAAUUACAUGUUUGGAGGAAGUUGCAGUCCAAUUUGCGUGAUUGCGUAA